AUGUGUCUGCAGUACAUCACCAAGUGCAGGUACUGCGGUUAUUGGAAACACUACAGCUGGGAUCGCUGCCGCGACAAUAGAAUCCUCCUUGAGAAGGGCUGUGCCAUAGGCCAGCCAUCACAGCACCCUUCUGAAUGCGAAAUGUUUCCCGAAGACAACCGACAGCGGCUCAGACGCCAGAUGACUCCCUACGAGUGCCCUGUUGAGGGUUGCAAGAGCACUGCGAUUGCUAAGAAACUCUUCGAAGAGCGUGCCAAAGCUGAAGCUAAGAGAGCAGCUGCACUGGCAAAGGCUCGCGCGGAAUGGGAAGCAAAGGAUAAAGCCCGGAAAGCGGAGUUUGCAGCCAAAUACUUCAAGAAGCUGCCUGUGGUGAGAUUCAGCGAGAGACGCCAGUCUUUCUUGAAUCUCCCUGCUUCAGAUUCUUCGCAGAGGAGUAAAAUAAACUUGAAACAAACACUGAAACAACAAAAGAAUGAUCCUUCGUCUAGAUCCGACCGCUUGCAAUGGCGAGAUGAAUAUGUUACCGCAGAAGACUCAACAGGUAAUGAGGUUGCGACGUCCAUGCAUAGCCAAGUAUUUGAGGACAGCGACGACGACUUUAUAUCGGAAUCGUCAGAAGAAGAAGACACCACCCCUAUUACCAAAUAUAUUGGAGCAAUUGAUAUCAAGGGCAGCGUUGAAGGUAGACGCAGGGGCAAAGCCUUUGAAUUUCACGACGAUGGAAUGCCCAUCCGUACGGUAACACCAUAG